GCAGUAAAGCAACAUUUAGAAUAACAACCAGCUGCAGUUAAAUCUUAGUGAAGAAGACCUCAGCUCCCAGGAAGAGCAUGGCGCGGGUUAUGUGUCGGUUCGACUCCCUUCGCUGCGGAACCAGGAGGUAACAGCCGUGUCACGGCGGGAUCUAGCCGAGAAUCAGUGACGGUCUGACGGUUAGAAAGACACGGUUAAGUAGGUCGGUUGGAGAAUCCAAAAACAAUGGACGACAACCCUGCUCGGAGGGAGGUAGCUCGUCCGAGGAGGAGGGCGUCUGCUGCUGCUGCUGCUGCUGCUUCUGCAGCCGCAGCCGCGGAGGUUGGAGCUAACGCAAGCCUGCAAGAUGGCGAGGUAAUGGAGGUCCACUCAGCCCGAGAAACUCAAGCUGGUCCGGACAGACUGAGUUCUCCUGGCGGGAGGACGGAGAGGAGGAACUCGGGACCGCUGGUCCACCAGAGACACAUGCCGAUGGAGCCCCUCAAGUUCCACAUCCCGAGGAAAACCAAGGAAAAGAGAGCGCUGUUCCAGCAUGUCUCCACUGAGUCCAGGGAGUACGAGGACAUGAUGACCAUCAUGGCUGCCAGCUACAUCGACACCGGCUCUGCUGGCUGCUUCACCUACUGCAAACCUCGGCUCGUCCACAGUGAGCUGCUGGAGAAAGAGUUUGUGGAGAAGAGGAAGGAGAUGAAGGCAGAUGGGAGGACAGACAAGGAGCUUGAGGAGAGCUACUGUUUCCUGUUGGCUGAUUCUGUUAAGCUGCCCUGUCUCUGUGAGAAGGGGCUGCUUGUGGGUCAGAGCUGGAUCACACUGCUGGGACACCCCAGUAAAGGAGUGUAUCUGUCCAGGUACUCUGACCUACUUCAGAUUAACCCCUUAAAUGUUGGAGUCACAGGGGAGAUCAUCAUCUUCAAAGUGAUGAAGGGGAAAGUGAAGAGCAUAUAUGAGAACAUGAAGAACGUUCUGGAUCCUACGCCGCGCUUUGACAGCCACAUCUCCAAGAACGCCAGCAAAGUCACAUCGCUCACAUCCUACCGCGCCUUCGAACUCACACAGCAAUACUUCUACGAGUAUUCCUUCGACGAGCUGCUGCAGCGGCCUCGCCAGGUGUGUCCGUACGCUGUCGUCUCCUUCCAGUUCAAAGGAAAAGACUCUCCACUCCCCAGCAAGCCUCUGACCCCCAUCAGGUUGAACAGCCAAUCAGCAGAGGGGAGUAAAGAGCGGGCUCAGUUCACAGUGUGGACUGGAGAUUUGGUGAAAGGGGACCAGGUUCUCUUCCAGAUCUCCCUUCGCUCCUUCUCUCCUCCCUUCUUGCCCCACAGACUACCAGAGAAGUUGGAAAUCGGUUGGUUGAUGAAGCUGGACCAGGUGACCAAGCUCCUGCCCUCCGACCUGCUCUCAUACAACCUCUACAACAGCAGCCAAGAAGUUGUGAAAAAUGCCCAUUGCUGCAGCCUUCUGGAGGUGACUGACAGAAGUCGGUCUACGACUAGCGUGACGAGACUGCUGCAGGAACUAGAGAUGAACAGAGUGGUUUUGGUGACUCAGCUUACAGACAGAGGCUUUCUCUUCCUGAUAUCCAGUGUUCAGAUGGCCACACCCUCGGAGAGAGGAGAGAGCUGGAAGAGGUGUCUUCAGGCCUUGUUUGUAUUCCCGGAGUCCAGAGAUGUGGCCAAAUCCACAUUAAGGUGUGCCUCCUCCUCCCGUGAUGCCUCCGAGUCGUUGAUGUCUGGCGGCACGGUGAUGCCGCGACUGAGCCAGUUUAUCCCGGUGUUGCACCACGCCCUGGUCAAGGCCCGCGCUAACCCCCCUCCUGAGCUGUCUGCCGGGGUGGAGCGUCUGGCACGGGAAUACCUCGUCGGCCUCAACGACGGCAUAGUUCGACAGUACCCCAUGAGCGAGUACGAUUUCAAACUGGAUGAGCGAGGAAAGCUGUUUCCUGCUCCCAAGCACCACCGGGUGAACAUGGACGGCUACCUGCGCUCCUACCUGUACAGCCCAGCCCUCUACCUGCUGUCAGUGGCCCGGGCCAGGCAGAUGAUGGAGGCGCACUGUGGCCCCGAGGAGCCUCAGGAGGUGAAGCUCAGGAAGAGCCGAGGAGGCCAGAGGGAGCCGACAGGGAAGGAGGCGACCAGCAACGCUAGAGACGGACAGACCAACACUCAAAAGAUGCAGCAGCUGAUAGACCUGGUUUUGACCUGUAAGAGGAAUGCAGAGAAUGAGGUGAGGAGGGAGGAAGGAGGAGGAGGAGGAGGGGUGAAGGUACCAGGGAGGAAGAGGAAAAUGGAACAGGAGACCGCAGAGAGGGCGCUUAAGUUCCUGAAGGCAUCGCAGGAUCCUGGACGACACAGCAAGGUUCCAGUCGAGGGAAGUCCAGUCCCUGGCUCUCCUGGCUCUCUUGCGUCUGUGAUUGGCUCAGUGGGUUUGAAGGACGUUGAUCUGAGGGAAGAUGGAUCUGAACUAGCUGCUAGACUUCUCAGUCUGCUAACAGGCCUCAACCAGGCUGCCAUGGGAACGGCCAAUCAGAGUGUCAGUGAAGUGCAAGAGGAGGGGCAGAGGGAAUCCUGUCCAUUUGAUAAGUUGGCCACCAAGCUUGGUCUGCCCACCAGCUGUGACAUUGACCUGAGGAAGCAGGAUGAGCUGGAGACGGCGGGCAGCGUCAGUAGUUCGGAGGGGUUCAGUCCCAGCUCCCACAGCGGGGAGAUGAACCACCACGGAGCAGCAAGUAGAGGAGGAGGAGGAGGAGAAGGAGGAAGAGGAGGAGGAGGCCAAGUGAGGAGAGCAGCAGGAUACGAAGAGGCGGAGGAUGCAGGGGAGAUCCCUUGGGUUCUAAUCCCCAUUACAGGUGUGUGUUCGCAGAGGUACACCCAGAGAGACCGAAACAUCCCUCAGGACCCCCGCUUCCAGCACCUCACCACGGCAACGAGCAUCACCGCGGCAACCAAACAUCGCCGGAAGAGCCACACCCAGUCUCCAGAGCCGAGCAUUCCUCCUCCUUCCCCCCUCCAGUGCCUGUCCCCUGAGCCCAGCCCUCCUCACUCCCCCUCCCAAUGCCCAUCACCUGACCCCAGCCCUCCCCAGUCACCCUCCCAGUGUCCCUCUCCAGAGCCCAGCCCCCCCCAGUCACCCUCCCAGUGCCCGUCUCCAGAGCCCAGCCCUUCCCCUUCACCCUCCCUAUGCCCGGACCUUCAGCUCGGCCGUUACCACUCCCUCUCCUGGUGCCAGUACACGGAGCCUAAUGAGCUCGGCACGUUUAACGAGGACCACAGUGGUGCUAACGAGGAGCAGUUAGCCGCCACGGCCUCCAGGGAGUUUGCAGGGGUGUUCAAGGACAGAGAAGAGAAACCUCAGGGGAGAGAAAAGAAGAAUGAAGAGCCAUCCAUGUCUGCAUUGUUCCAGCCAUCUAUCCGUCCAGCUCCAGAGAGGACGACGAACCUCUCACCACAACCAGCUGAGCGGGAGAAGGAAGAUGCAAAUGGGAGGGCGAAGGAGGUACAGGCUACGGUUUUAGAGGAGGAAAAAGAAUCUCAGCCAGUUGAGAAAGUGCAAAAGCGAGAACAAGAAGAGGUCGGUGUGGGUAAGAAAGACGAGAAGGAGGAGGAGGUGGUGGAAAUGAUACAUGUGGUAGCUAGUGAUGAUGAGCAAAAGGGAGAAGCGAUGGAACUCGUAGGCAGCUCUUUGUUUUCUCCUUCCGUCUCCUUACCUCCUUCUCAUCUUGACAACAUUGUGGACAAACAUUUGGGUGACUUCUCCUCUGAGAUACAGCUCCUCCUGCAGGAGCAGAGCAUUAAUUACAGCUUCCCCCAGUCCCCAUACUCUAUUUCAAACACACAAGCCCCCGCACCUCAACACACACCCCCACACACCGUCAUAUCUCAGUUUUCACAGUAUGUGUCUUUCUACAACCCUUGCCCCCCGGUCCAGGACUACGUUAGCUCACUACAGGACAGCAUUGAGGGCAUUCUGACAGAGUUUGAUGACAGCUGGCCGAGCCACAAGGCCGGCACCAGCCGGACUGUUGUCGAUGACGCGCUGGCUAGCAGAGUUAGUGAUUUUGUGUCUAGCAUCCGAGCAGCUAAUGCUAAAACCGGCAGAGAUAAUGAUGGUCUCUGUGGUGAACUGACAGCCGCUGACAACGGUGAUUCAGUCAGUCAAAAUCCUGCUCUCUCCAGAGGAGGUGAGGUGUGGCAGCCACAUACACUCACCAUACAGGUUCCUAAUGCUCCAAACAACAGGAACCCCUCGAUGUCUCAUGUCACUUUAUCUACCUCUUCGUCUGGUUCCAUCUACAAGCCUUCUGAUGUCUCUGUCCUCAUUCCUCCUAUUAACAAGUCCCCGCAGUCCCACUGGAACCCACAGCAAAGUCACACGUUGGAGAUCACUAGAACAGUCACUCAUAACGUCAGACAAACGCGAGACAACAGCACUGCCAGGACUGUGCAUUGUACCACUGGUGGAGAAGGUGGGAGUAGUUUUGCAGGUACAAACUCUGAGGUGACCUUACCAGGGUUUAGCGGUGUCUCUAAGCCCUUGACAGAAGCGUCUCGCCCCUCUGAGCCGCUCUCCAGUCCGCCCUGUGCAUCCAUGCCCGGUCCCGGCCCAGGCCCAGCUCCCCCGGCCAUGGCCCUGAGCUCCCUCAUCAGCCAGCUGCAGCCAGAAGUGUUCAACAGCCUGGUGGAGAUCAUCAAAGACGUCAAGAGAAACUCGUUGCAGUUCUACCUCCACAGCCCCGAGCCAGGGGACCAGGUUCACGAGGAGGUCAAGGAAUACCUGUUGAAGCAGGGUAACAUGGAGCAGAGUCCUGUGACCUUUCUGAGCCAAGAAACCUCUGAAAACCGACUGCUGGUCAUCAUCAAGAACAAAGACAUAGCUGGACACGUAGACAAGAUCCCAGGUCUGGUGUCCCUGAAGAGACAUGCCUCUGUGGUGUUUGUGGGAAUCGAUACGCUGGACGACAUCAGGAACAACAGCUACAACGAGCUUUUUGUUUCUGGAGGCUGCAUCGUUUCGGACGAGUUGGUCCUCAACCCAGACUUCAUCACUCACGAUCGACUGGCUGCACUGCUGCUGAUCCUGGAGCAGCACAGUUCUCCAGAGAGCGUCUGGAGGUGGAAGGUUCACUGCAAAACCCACAAGAAACUAAAAGAACAAGCCAGGUUCAGAAGAGAUGCAGCCAACCUACUGAACGUACUCUCAGCCUAUCACAAGCGGCAGAUUGUUGAGUUCCUCCCAUAUCAUCAGUGCGACAUGAUGAACCAUCAGUCCCCUGACCUGGACUGUCUUAUGGAGCUCCAGGCCCGAUACACACAGUACCGACACACCAUCUUCCUGACUGAGCAUCAUUUUGAUAAGUUCGCUGCCUACGCCAGUAGCGGCAUCAUCAUGGCCAAUAUCGAAGAGUUUCUUCACGACUUCACCAGAUUGGUCGGUUACCACGAGAUGAAGGACAGGCAGCCAAUCAUAGAUGACGUGCUGGCUCCCAAAGAACACAUCCAUCCCCUCUCCUCCAGUGAUCAACCCCAACAUCUCCUCCAGCAGUCGGGCUCCAUCGUCCCCACUCCUUCCAGUCUGUCCGACCAGCUCGUCCCGGAGGCUUCCUGUAAGGAAGGUGUGCCGCACCAUUCAGACACCGACUUUGAGGUUCUUCGACUGGCCAUCUCACAUUUACGGGCUGAGCGUCAGGCGCAGCUCCAGCAGCAGUUGGACUCUCAGGCAGAGUUGAGCAUCAACUCCCUCAGAAGCUCCCCUCCCAAUCUCGUUGGUACAGGUAGUGGUCACGCCACGCCUCUUUUGGCUCAAGGAGGUCCCGCCGAGUCUGUUAACGUCACUCAUGACAGGAAAGCAGUGGCAGCCACUCUGGAGUUAAUUCACUCGGCAUUACAUCAGGAGCCGGCAGAGGAGCAGAGGAGGAAGGAUGGAGCGGAGACCCCCACAGAGGGACGGACGAUAGGAGGAAGUCAAGGGGCUGGAGAUCAGAGAGAAGGUACUCCGGUGAGAGUGGUGGGGUUACUGGGAGAAAGCAGGAGUCCCGGUAAUAGUGACACUUCUAGCCCUUCGUCCAAUCAAAGCACAGCGGCCGUGAUGGCACCAAGUACCCAGACAGACUCAACCGAUGACGGAAGAGAGAAAGCAAAUCAAAAAGAAGAACCUGUAUUUCCCAAAACAGAUAAGCAUGCUGCAGCCUCCUCGAGUACCACAGCUCGGCCUGUAGAAGGCGACAUAACGAGGGCUGAUUUUAAUCCUCCAGUUGCACUCCGAGUACACAGCAAAGACACACCGUCAGGCCAGGAACAGCCAAGAGGAGAGGCAGCACCACCUGGCACCAGCUCUGUCGGUGGCAACAAGACAGAAGAGGAUUUUCCACAACAAUGUUCCACCGGCACAGAAAGAAAGCAAGAGGGAAAACUGCAACCUGGAAAUGCGUCCGACUCCACCCCUGUCCCAGACCCACAACGCCUGCAGCUGUACAACUACAAGGGUGAAAAAUUCAACUAUGCUGCUCUCAAGAAUCCGCUGUCCUGGAAGGAUAUCUCCUAUUACAGGCCAGGAUGGAUACCGUGCCACCUGCCAUUUCUCAAACCUGGCAACCGGUAUUGGGAACUGAAGGCGAACAGCACUGUGGUCUCCAUCGGCAUGGCACCGCAAUAUGGAAAAGGUCCGAAAAGGUUGGCCUGUGGAGUAAUCUGUUACAACCACUUCGAAGGCCCUUGGUGCGAGGUCCAGUCCUACAAUGGGGACGGGGUCUGUUUGCUCACCACAAGGCGUUGCUCCACCCAUCGCCUCUGAUGAGGCCCGGACCACCAGACCUGUUUAGAGGGUCCCGAGACCAGCGUGCAUUCUGCCAGCACUCACUGCACAAGCCAGGAAAAAAGAAAAGAGACUGACGAUCUAAAACAACAUGCUCUAAUCUAAUUUAUGUAUAAAAAUGCAAAAUUUUAUGUGCAUGUGUACUCUGUGUAACCAAUGAGAAGCCUUGUACUCAGUUUUUAAUCGUAUAAUAUGAAGGGAGAACCCAGAAGAAGAGCUUAGAGAGACUGAGACAGGAAACCUUGUGAAAUCAUGGAAUAGCAAUCAUAUAGGGCUGGGCGACAUGGCGAUAUGUAUCGUCAAAUCUAUAUAAAAAUGUCUAUCGUAUAUAUUUUUCUAUCUAGUCUAUAUUGUGAAGUCAAAAAACCAGAAAACCAAACUGCGUUAUGACAACAUUUAGUAACAUUCCUUGCACAUUAUGUUCAUUUUGCACUAAAGUUCAUAAUAAGAAAAUACUCCGUAUAUUUCAUUUAUCAAGUAUUUAAUUCACACAGGAGUAGUAGUGGGUACCGAAACCCAAGAAAGCUAUUAUUACAUUUUAAAUAUAUCGUUUAUAUUUGGCCUUAGCAAAAAAAAGCAGUUUUUUAACGUCACGAUUGUCGUUUUGUGCUGUUUUUAAAAGUAUAGUUUUAGCACCGGUUUUGAGAAAAUAUCCAACUCUCCACAGGAGAGUACCAAAAUUAGAAGAUAAUAUUUAUUUAUUUAAUAACAAGAAACGUAAACAUGUUAUGUUGUGAUAUAUAUUUUCAUUGAGAUAUAGAACAACCUGUAUAUUGAGCUAGAAUAUUUUGGUUCAUAUCGCUCGGCCCUACAAUGAUAUUAUUUUUACUCUGUAUGGCAUUUUGUACAUGCUUUUUAUUUUGCUUAAUAAAACUAAAUGGAUCACUUGGUCUAUUGAAAGA